ACAUCACUCCAACCGGUAAAGCGAUCAUGCUAGGCCUGCAGGCUUGUACGUUUCAAGACCGGCAGGAAGGUCGAAAGUAGGGCGAGAGGUUAGACAUUUGUUUGAGCAGGUUUAUGACUGGUUUGCUUGACUAGACAAGACACUCACUUCGGAGAGCUAUCUCGGGGGAAGUAGCGCGAGCAUUGUGUCGUGUCGGGCCUUAAACACUUUAGUUUGUUUUUAAGCCGCGGUUAAGGAGCAGUGAUCAUGGCGUUGGUAGGACUGAGAGCCUCCUAUCACAGGGUUCUGGGCCAGAUCGAGCAUUUUCUGCCUGCCAAGCUGAGACCUAUUUACAACCACCCUGCAGGUCCCAAGACGGUUUUCUUCUGGGCACCAAUGUUUAAAUGGAGCCUGGUGAUAGCUGGUUUAGCAGACAUGACCAGACCAGCUGAAAAACUCAGCGCAUCGCAGUCUGCAGUGCUGACAGCUACAGGUCUUAUCUGGUCCAGGUAUUCACUGGUUAUUAUACCAAAGAACUGGAAUCUGUUUGCUGUCAACUUCUUUGUUGGAUGUGCAGGUGGAUCUCAGCUCUUCAGAAUAUGGAAGUUCAACCAAGAACAGAAAGCAAAGAAGACUGCAGAGGCUUAAUACUGCUAACACAUAAGUGCCAUAUGAUGGACUGAAAAGGAAUCCAGGCUAAGUUAAUCCUCAGAAGACUACGGCCACCUUUUUUAGUGUGUUACAUUUUAAUCAUUUAGUGUAAUCCAUUGUUAUUUAGUAAACUCUAAAUGCUCUCAUGAAACAAAUGUCAUUGACGCACAAUAUAUACAAUAUUAAUACAGAUAAGCAGUUUUCUAUAUAGUAGUAAGUUCUAUAAGGGAAAGAGUUGCUGUUCCUAAUACUUUAGAAAUUCAAUCUUGGUAUUUCCUCUAUUUAUUAAUUAAUACAAUGCAAGGAAUAGGUCAAAAUAAAUUGGAAUUCUUGGGAAACGUUUGUAUAGCAGUUGUACACAUAUUAAAAAUGUGUUUGUUUUAAUUUGUAAGUCAUAUAAGAAAUACAUUUGUUAGUACUCAUGCAUUUCAUCCACAAUGAGUAGAAUUGUCAAACUGAGUUCAAUUUUGAGUUAGAAAUAAAACCACAUUAAAGUCAA